AUGUCUGGACAAGCACUCAAUAAGAUCGCUGCCAACAGCCCCUCGAGGCAACACCCAUCCGAGUUGGAGACCAGCAUUGCUACUGCCCUCUACGAACUCGAGACGAACAUCCCAGAUCUCAAGUCUGCUCUGAGACCUCUUCAAUUCGUCUCUGCCCGUGAGCUCGAAGUCGGCCACGGCAAGCGCGCCAUCGUCAUCUUUGUCCCCGUUCCUCUCCUCCCCGGCUUCCACAAGGUCCAACAACGCCUCACCCGCGAGCUCGAGAAGAAGUUCUCCGACCGUCAUGUUUUGAUCCUCGCAUCCCGCCGUAUCCUUCCCCGACCCAAGCGCAGCAACCGCUCCCGCACAUCUCAGACUCAGAAGCGUCCUCGCAGCCGAACUCUCACCGCUGUGCACGAAGCCAUCCUCGCUGAUGUUGUGUACCCCGUCGAGAUUGUGGGCAAGAGACUCCGAACCAAGGAAGAUGGCAGCAAGGUCUUGAAGGUUGUUUUGGACGAGAAGGAGCGCGGUGGUGUGGACUACAGACUUGAUACCUACUCAGAGGUCUACCGGAAGUUGACUGGCCGUGGCGUUGGAUUCGAAUUCCCUUUGAGCGGAACCGCCGACUACUAG